UCAUGUCAGGAUGCAUUGCAAGGAAAAAUUUGUGUGUAUGUAUGUAUGUAUGUAUGCAUGUAUGCCUGUAUGUAUAUUUUUAAGAUGGUGGGAAAAUUACGUGCAAGAAAAAGAAGCUGAGAAAAAUAACUAAUGAAAACACAGUUUCUUUACAAAAGACUUUAUUGGUGAAUUACAGAGGUCUUCAAAAUUGAGGUAGGUAAAUAAAUGAAGAUGAGUCUUUUACUGAGAGAGAGAUGAGUCAUUAGUAUGAAUGCAAAGGAUUCCAAAGAGGCAGAGAUACUGAGAGGUAAGUAUAUCGGGACAAAAGGCCGGCAAAGUCUUUUAGAGGAAAGAAUGUUCCAUAGGAACAAACAAAUAAUCCAGCAAUUAAAGAAAAGAAAAGAAGCAUAUGCUUGCUUACAAAUACGGUUCUGCAGCAACAACCUUUACGAGCAGAAAUGGCAAAAGCAGAGGUAAAGCUAUUGGGGACCUGGUCAAGCCCAUUUGUCCUUCGGAUCAAAUGGGCACUCAAAAUGAAGGGGGUCGAAUAUGAUUUCAUAGAAGAAGAUCUCCAAAAUAAGAGUCCAUUGCUGUUGAAGUAUAAUCCUGUUCAUAAGAAGGUCCCUGUGCUUGUUCAUGAGGGGAAACCAAUUGCUGAAUCACUUGUCAUCCUUGAAUACAUGGAUGAGACAUGGAAAGAGAAUCCCAUCCUUCCAGAAGAUCCUUAUCAAAGGGCCAUGGCACGGUUUUGGUCUAAAUUUGGAGAAGAGAAGUGUUUGCCUUCUAUUUGGCGAGUUUUUAUCUCACAAGGGGAAAAUACAGAGGAAGCACUUGUAUCAGCUUCAGAAAACCUAAAGAUCUUGGAAGGAGAGCUUAAAGGAAAAAAGUUUUUUAAUGGAGAAACUCUUGGAUUUGCAGAUAUAUCACUUGGUUGGAUUGUAAACAUGGUCAUCUUGUUGGAAGAAAUUAUGGAGUUAAAGAUGAUUGAUGACCAAAGGUAUCCAUCACUUUCCGCAUGGAUGAAAAAUUUCUCCAACUUUCCUGGCAUAAGAGACAGCUUCCCACCACAAGAGAGAAUGCUUACCAAAUACCGUAUACUCCGCGAAGCUCUUCUUGCAACAAGGGGGACAAACUGA